CAUGCUAUUGGCUGCAGUCUUUCGUUGAUAUUUUGAGACAAUUUUUAUUAUAAAAAUGGACAAUAUAUCCCAUUUAAAUAUGCCAGGGUUUAGCGGAGUUCAAAAUUCCUCGAGAUCUACAACAGUAUUAAACACCUGCAUUUGUUGUUUGGCAGUAAAUAUUCCGCUUGUGAAAUUAACAAAUUGUAAACACGUAGAGUUUUUUGAGUAUAUCCUUGAGGUUAAGUUAGAGUAUCUAGCAACGUUUGUCUGCUAUGCAUGUCAUGGCACGCUCAAGGAUAUUUACCAGUUCAAGAGACAAGUGGAAGAUAGUCUCUCAAAUCUUAAAAAACAGGUUAAAAACUUAAAUCGGAACAGCACAAAACUUUCUAAACUCACACAAGCUGAUAUAGAAAUAUUCCACACUCAGAACUCACAGCCCCUUGAAAAGGAGGUCAUCAAAAUAAAAACCGAAACUGAAAUCGAAAUUGAACUCGAACAAGAAUGCUCUGAUCCCGAGAAUCCAUUAUCGGUGAUUAAAGAGAAGGAUAAAGGUCCUAAAACUCCAUUCUUCGUAAAUCGGAAUCCCGAGAAUGAUAUCCCACUAUGCGUGAUUAAUGAAAAAGAUAAAAAUCCUAAUACUCCAUUCUUCUCAAAUAUGCAUCCGGAGCUUGUCCCAUUGCCGCCUAAAGAUCCCAGUAUUUCAUUCUUCUCACAUAGGGAUCCGGAGAUUGUCCCAUUACCGCUUAAAGAUCCCAAUAUUUCAUUCUUCUCACAUAUGUAUCCGGAGAUUGUCCCAUUACCUGUGAUUAAAGAGCCUAAAGAUCCUAAUAUUUUAUUCUUCUUACAUAGGGAUCCGAAGAAUGUCCCAGCACCGGUGAUAAAAGAGAAACAUAAAGAUCCUAAUAUUUCAUUCUUCUCACAUAGGGAUCUGGUGACCGAUGAUCCAUUAUGGGUGAGGGCUCCGGAGAAUGGUGUCCCAUUACAGGGGAUUAAAGAAAACAAUGCAGAUCCUAAUGUUUCAUUACCGGAGAUUAAUGAAAAAGAUAGAGAUCGUUAUACUGCAUUGUUUGAACGUAAAUAUCAAGGGAAGUUUAAAUUAGUGGAUAUAAACGAGGAAGAAAUGUGGGAGGAGAGGAGAAAAGAAGCGGCAAAAGAAAAGUAUUUGAAAUUGCCGUACAAAUGUGAGAGUUGUGUCCGUGGGUUUGCCCUUGAGCAGAGAUUGGAAGAACAUAUGACAACGAAACAUACUGAGACAAGCGGAAGUGUCCCGUGUGUGAUAUGUAAGGUGUUCCAUUCCGCGGCAGCUUUAGAGCUGCACACGAAACGGCACUAUAGGAGGUUCGACUGUGGCGUGUGCGGAGCGCGCUACAUUACAAUGACCGCCGUGAAGGCUCAUUACGACAAGAUGCAUGAGACUUCACCUAUACACAAGUGCGAGGAAUGUGGAUAUACUGCAACUUGCUACCGCGGCUUGCGCCGUCAUAAUCAGAGACACAAGGGCAAAGCGAGCUGCGAGCAAUGUGGGAAACAAUUUGUCAGCAAGUUGAGCCUCAGAGACCACGUGAAGUUAUUCCACGAAGCCUCAAACCGCUCGUACACCUGCACGGUAUGCUCCAAAGUGUACCGGGCCAGCACCCGCUUCCUAUAUCACAUGAAGAUCGCACACGGCCCGCCCGCGCCCGCAACCGACAGCUGGUUCUACUGCAAGCCGUGCGGCAAGGACUUUCGCUCGAAACAGGGCUUCAAUUACCACCUGAAGAUGUCCAAGAAUCAUGCCAAUGAAAAUGAUAAAAAAUUCGUAUGUAGCGAGUGCGACGCGCGCUUCUUUACAAAGCAGAAGCUGCAAGAACACGUCGAGUGGGAGCACCGCAAAAACUACCAGCACAAGUGCGACGAGUGCGAUAAAGUAUUCAAAAACAUUAGUGCGCUGAACAUACACAUAAAACAGGUUCACGAGAAAAAAACACUACCCCGGAAUAAGAUAUGCGAUCACUGCGGCCAAGCGUUUACGGCGACGGGGCUCUUGCUCGUACACAUCCGCACGCACACCGGCGAGCGGCCGCUCUCGUGCGCGCACUGCCCGGCCACCUUCGCGCACCCCGCCGCGCUUUACACGCACAACAAGUUAAAGCACAAACAGAAGAAAACGUUGACUUGAGAUAUUACUUUAUUCUCAUUCAUUUGUAUCUAAAGUCGCGAUAAAGUCAGGAUGGCCGUGUCUGAUUUUAGUAUAUGUACUUAUUAUUUUAUGACAUAUCAUAUUCAUAUAUUAGUAUAAAGCAUACAUUGUCAAAAUAUUGCAGCUACAUAAUCAUCAAUAGUAUCAUUGCAAUGAUUAAUACAACUUGGGUAAAAAUUUAUUCAAUCAGAUUGUGCUUUGUUAUUUUACUACAGGAUACGAAUAA